UACUUUGGUAAAUGAAACCCUCACUCUCACAGCGCUUCCGGUUCAACCGUCCAUUCAUCCGGGUCAAACCUCCAACUGCACCAAACACAACACAACGCUGCAGCGCUUCAAUCGGAUAUAUCCUGAUGUUUCUUCAUCGUUAAUCUCUUGAAUCUAAGUUUAAAACAUUCAGAUAUGGCCGGGUUACCUCCGGGAGACCCUCAGCUGGUGUCAAUGAUCGUCAGCCAUUUAAAAACUCAGGGUCUGUUCGACCAGUUCAGGAGGGACUGUCUGGCAGACGUUGAUACAAAGCCAGCUUACUUGAACCUGAAACAAAGAGUGGACAACUUUGUUUCUAAUCACCUUUCUAACCACACAUGGAGCCCUCAUUUGAACAAGAACCAGCUGAGAAACAACAUCAGACAGCUCGUGCUGCAAUCUGGGAUGCUGGAGCAGGGAGUGGACAGGAUCGUGGCCCAGGUGGUGGAUCCCAAAAUCAACCACAUCUUCAGGCCACAGGUGGAGAGGGUCGUCCGUGAAUUUCUGUCACCUGGCAGCUGUGCUGAAGAGCCACCGGUCCCACAGCCUUCAAUAGAGAGCAAACCUGACAGCAGCAUUCCUGAGCAAGCCUCAUCAUCCGCUCCAGCUACCACUGCAGCCAGCGACGCCAUGUCCAUCCUUGACACCAUAACCUCUCUCAACCAGGAGGCUAGCGUCAGAGCCAGCUCGGGCACUGAGAAAGGACGGAGAGGCCAAGCUUCAGAUGAGCCCAUGCAGCUAGUGGAGGACAGUGAGCAGGACAUGAGUCUUGUUGAGGAAGGAGACAACCACCAUAACGGGAAGUCAAUGGAAGAGGCAGAGGAAGCAAAGCUGGCGUCAGAGGUCCAGGUGUUAGAAGUGAAGACAGAAGACAUGCAGGAUCAGAUGGAAGUGGGAAAAGAAAGAUUCACAGAGGAUGUAAAGAUGGAAGAGGAAGAGUCAGGAGCUCAAGACCAGACUGAGGAGGAGAAGGACAAAGCUGCCAGCAAAACAAGUGGAAAACCCGCAGAGGAGAAGCAGGAUGAUGAUUUACUCAAAUCCACCAGUCAAGCCAAGCAGAAAGCCAGAGAGAGGAUAAAGGAAGAAUACUCUUUGGAGGACUCCGACCUGGAAGGCCUGAGUGACAUUACAGUGAGCUCUGUCCACACCAGCGACCUGUCGUCAUUUGAGGAAGAAAGUGAAGAUGAGGAGCCGCCGUCUGAUUCUUCUGAAGAGGGAGAGCUUCCACCAGACGGUGAGAGAUCAGAACAGAAAGAAGCCAGUGGAGACGCAGGAGAAGAAGACAAAGAGCGUAAACCCCGCCGCAAGGCCUACGUUCACAAGCCCUUCCUCUACUCCCGUUACUAUAGUGACUCAGAUGACGAAAUCACUGUGGAGGAACGUCGUAGAUCUGCGGCAAAGGACAAAGAGGAAAGGCUGCACAAGAGACAGCAAAACAGAGAGCGAAUGGAAGAGAAGCGCAAACAGAAAGCAGCACAGGCUGAAGAACAAGAUCAGAAAAAACAAAAGAGUGGAGACUCCGCUGGGCUGGAGGGCCCCAGAGCCAAAGAGGCUCGCAAGGAAAGGAAAGUUCUGGAGAAGAAAAUGGCUCUCAAUAGGAAGAGGAAGCUAGACUCAAGGAAAGAAGGAGAUGUUUCAAGCAAGAAGAAAGGAGAUACAGGAGAAGGAUCUAGGAAAGCAGAUGUGAAAUCUGCAGCAUCAAGGAACCCCCAACAGAAGCUGAUGAGAAAUCUAUCAGAAACAGCAUCGUCUGACGAGAGGCACCGAAGGAUGAGCGGCAGCAUCUCAGAGGAUUCCAGUGACACCAAAAAGCUGUCUGACAAAGGCAGGACACACUCCUUCAUCUUGGAGUUGGAGCAAGGUUCCCAAGAGGCUCUCAGGCAACGUUCAGUCGGAAAAUUUGACCGGUCGUCCCGCAAAGAACUUCAUUCUAAAGAACGCAAAGAGAAAGAGCGCAGCGUGUCAGAUGAACGUGCCAAGCUCAAACAAAAGCAGGAGAAAAAAUCCGAACAUCAGGCAGACGAAUCUCAGCAGAAGGAAGGUGCUGCUGGUAAAGUGUCCUCUGAAGAGAAAGGUGAGAAGAAGCCUAAGGUCAAAAGUGAGAAGAAAAUGACAGGAAGUACAAGAGAGGGAAAGGCAUCUGUGUCUGAAGGUAUCGUCGACGAGGGUCUUAAAGAUGCUAUGGCCAAGAAGAUGAAAGCUCCAUCCAUGGAGGCUGCCAAAACAGAGAAGGACAAGGAGAAAGAAAAGGACAAAAUUAGAGAAAAGGACAAAGAGAAAGAUAAGGUGAAAGAGAAAGAAAAGGCCAAAGGAGAGAAAACUUCAGCCAAAAGUGAUUUCAAGCAGCUGCUCCGCCCUGAUUCAGCUGGCUCCUCUGAAGAUCGUUCUGACAUGGAUCCUGGGUCAGAUGGCAGCAAGAAGAAAGACAAACACUCCAAGGAAGUCCUGAAAAGGUCAAAGAGCCACACUGAAGACAGGCAAGGAGAUAAACUCAAAUCCAAAACAGAUAGUAAAGACAACGAGAAAGAGAAGACAAAAACUGAUCAAGAUAGCCAGAAAUCAAAUAAGUCCAGCUCUGAAACUGACAAAGACCCAAAAAGAGUCAAACCAACAGAAAAGGGAAAAAUCUUGGAAAAAUCCAAAUCCAAAUCCAAAGACGAGACAAAGACUCCACUGUUAUCAAAAACAGAUAAGAAAGUUCAGAGUUUAGAGGUCAAAAGUACAGGAGGUGCACCUAUCAGCAAACCUGAGACAACAAAGGAGAAGAAAAAAGAGGGAAAUGCAAAGGAACAGCAGAAAGUCUCUGAAGAAGCUCUCCACGAGAAAUGUGAGAUCAAGAGCGCAAAGAAAAAACUGGACAAGAAGGAUAAAGUUCCAGAAAAGAAAGACGAUACGCAAGAAGAGAAGAAAGCAUCUAGAGAAGACAAAGUGGAAAAGUCUGAUAAAUCUUCAAAGUCUUCGGUUUCCUCUCCGAGUCUAGAAGCAGAGGAGCAGCCAAAGAAACUCUCUCUUCUCCAGGACACGAGCACAGACUCCGAACCCGUCACCACCACCGUCACCACCUCGUUUUCUGACGAUACCUGCGACGCAUUAAGCGACAUCACACCCGAACCAUCCGAAGGCGAGACAGAGUCACGUGAGAUGCCAGCUGUGCCAGUUGAGGCUGACGCUCUGCUGACGCUAAUGGACGUUUGCACCGCGGUGGACGCGAGACUUCAAACGGAGAGCGGUCGAGAGGACGUGACCCCUGAGAUGACGCUUCAGGAUGCGGAUAUGAAAAUGAAAGAAGCGGCUCUGACUCUGCUCUCCAUGGACCCUGACAGCGCAGUGUCCUCCAGCUUUAUUAGACAAGACGCAAGGGAAGAACCAGAGGUGACUCCGCCAGCUCCACAACCGAUGGAAACCUCUUCAGCUAAAGAGGAAGAGCAGCAUCCUCCCGCGAAUGUGCAGACAGCUGCUAAAACUGAGGUUACAACUGCUGAGCCAUCACCUGCUGUGCCUCAAGAAACUGCCAAGCUUGUUGAUGAAAAACGAAAUGCUGCAGAUGAGUCUGAAGACAUGAAGAGAGAAAUGGAUGUGUCAAAGGUUGAGACUUCUGGGUUGCCUGCUCCACAGGAGGCUGAUACUACCUCAAAUGAAUGUCAGGCUCCUUCAAAUGAGGAAGAAGCUAAAAGUGCAGAGAUCACUCCUGAAACACAGAAAACAGAUGAGAACUCGGCACCACCUGCUGACAAAUAUGUUGCUGAUGCUGUUGUGUCUGAAACAGAAGAGGUCAGAGGAAACACAGACGUUGUUGUUUCUGAUACACUUGCUGCUCAACAAGUUUCAGAAAUUUCCAGUAAACAAGAGCAAACUGAGCCAGACGUUGCAGACACAAAGACGUGUCCCAAGGCAGAGGAGGCGCCAGCUGAGGACAGCCAGGCCAAAACGGACGUAGAUAACAGUGAAGUUGAGAUUGAGGCUCAGGAAGGAGAAAAUGUUGCAGCAGAGACGAGUGAUCCACAAACUAUGGAAACCAGUAUUCCAGAGAAGACAGAGGAGGUCAGAGAAGAAGAACCAGAGAUUCAGUCCAAACUGGUGAAACAAACCAGUAAUGUGUCGAGCUCAGACAGCCAGGAAGAUGAGAAGGGAUCGGACCUGUCAGAAAAGGAAGAGAAGACGGAGGGAAGAGGAGGACGUAAACGAAAGCUGUCCAGUCAGAAAGUUGCAGCAGUGAAAGAAUCUGGUGAAGAGAGGGAUGAAAAGGAAAGUAAAGAGCAACCAUCUGCUGAGGAAACUGAUCAGGAGAAGGUUGCAGAAGUCAAAACGCUGCGCAGGGGACGAUCAUCCAAAAGCACAGAGGAGUUGGAGAAAGACCAACCUAAAGAACCUGAGAAGUUGGAGGAGACUCCGAGCCGCAGAGGAAGACGUUCAGGAGCGACAGCCAAAGAAAACCCUGCUGAUACUCAGAAGAAAGAUGAGAAUAAAGACGAGGAGGGUGUCAAUAAAACCUUGUCUGGGAAAUCACCAGAGAAAGAAGAGGGAACUGAAGAGGAAGGUGGGCCAAAGAAAAGCGGUCGGCGAGGAAGUCAGACCAGUCCGCCGUCUCCGGCUCCAGAGGACAGUGAAGGCGAACCAGCAGUGAAGAAGAAGAGGUCAGAGGAAAUGGAUGAAUCUGUGGAGGAAACCCAGUCUGAAGAGGAGGUGAAGAAAGACACCGGUGAGCAAGAACAAAGCGAGCAACAACCUGACAAAGACAGCGGUUGUUCCUCUUCAGUGAGCCAGUCAGAGGGACAAGAGGAGGUAAAAGAGGAGAGCUGCAGUGAGAAGAAACCGGAUGAUGAUGAGGAGGAGCAACAGCAAGACGACCAAGAGACGACUCCAAAGAGACCUGCUCGGAGGGGACGACCCUCGCGGGCAGCAGCACCCGCAGAUGAUUCAGAUAAAAAUGAGAAAAAGCCAGAAGAAAAAGAAGGCGAGCAGAAUGAGGAAGAGGAGGAGGAUGACGGUGAGAAAGAAGAGGAAGGAAAAGGAACUGCGUCCAGAGCUACCACACGGUCAGCUUCUCGCCUGGAGGCUGAAAGAAACAAGCCAAGUAAACCAUCUACCCGGGCAAGUCGACAGAACGGUAAAGAGGAGACCGCAGCUGGCACGCGCGGGACGAGGGGCCAGGCAGCGGCGACGAAAGGGGGCCGUAAACGGGAGGCUAGCCCUCCUGCGGUGCGAACGCGGGGAGGACAGAAAUCAGAGGAGCCCCCUUCCAAGAGAGCCAAACGCUAAAAUCUCUGACAGUGUUUUUUUUAUGCACUCCCUUUUUCAAGUGAGAACACCGCAGUUUUGUUGUUGAGGGUCAGAGAACCUCUACAGUCAAGUCAGCCCGUAGACGUGUUUCUGCUUCAUUGACUGGAGAUAUUGAAAAGCUCUGGAUAGUAUUAUACACUUUCCUCUGGUGGUUGAGUCUAAACCUGAGGAUCUGUGCAGGAAUCCCCCAGAAUACCUUCUACUGCGCUACGCCCAUAUGGUUUGGAUCAGACUUCAUCAUUCCUUCGUUUAUUUAGUAAUGCCCACUGAACCGGAGUAUUUCAGGCCAAUCAAAGGCCUAAUGUGUAGCCGAGUCGUGCUUUGAGAUAAAGAGGGUGAAUUGAAAUGAGCUGUCAGUCAGUCAAGAGGCCACAUUGUGUCUCGGUGUCUGCUGAGACUGUUUCACCUCCGCAGACAUCACUGUUACACAUCCAGAUGUUAUCUGACGGAAUGUAAAUCUACACACUUGUACAAAGAAAUCACAGUGAAGUGUCUUUCAUUGUGAAUUUUAUGAUUGAAUGUUCAUUCUGUGAAUGACAGGAGGUGUUUUCCUCCCCACUUUUUAAAGUUCUUUUUUUUUUUUAUACUAAAUACUUAAAAGUUAAGGGAAGUUUUUUUUGUUAUCUUUCCGUUAAAAUGGCAGAGCAGUAUUAGUCACUGACAGGAAAAACAUCACGGUUCACUAACAGUUUUUCUCUAUAAAUUAAAUCUUCCUCAUGAUGUAUUUGCAAUCACACCUGCUGCCGUUUACUGUAGUACUGUUUUAUUAAAACGGAGGUAAUCUGGUUAUUUGUCUUGUUUUAUAGUUUAUCAGUUUAAUGGUGUUAGAUAUCUUACAUAUUUCUCAAUGUAAAGAUGUUUGUUUCAUAAAUGUAAAAUUACUGAAUAUUGCUUCAUUUUUUUCAUUGUUUCAGUUUCAAGUAUAAAUCAAAACUUGUGGCUAAAAAUAAUAAUUUCUAUUUUUGCAGAAAUGUAGUCACUGCACUGGAAGCAGAGGAAAAUGGUCUAUUUUUAAAUUAAAUCUUACGUCUUCCUCUCA